AUGGUCAUCGUCGACGGACAACAAGAGUACCUCUGUGAGGAAGAGAAGCGGCUGAAAGAAGACCGCCACCGCGAGCGCUACUGGAAGAAAUGGGGCCCCUACACUGCCGAGAGGCAAUGGGCUACCGUUCGCGAGGAUUACUCCCAAGAUGGAGAUGCAUGGAGCCAUUUCUCUCAUGACAUGUCUCGCUCCCGCGCGUAUCGUUGGGGUGAAGACGGAAUCGCUGGUGUCUCCGACACCCAUGGUCUUCAGAACAUAACCUUUGCGUUCUGGAACGAAAAAGAUGAUUUUCUCAAGGAGCGACUCUUCGGCCUUUCGAACCCUCAGGGCAACCACGGCGAAUCGGUCAAAGAGGCACAUUUCCACCUGGACAACACACCCACUCACUCUUACAUGAAGUUCCUCUACAAGUACCCGCAGCGCCGAUUCCCCUACGACGACCUCAUCAAGGAGAAUGCGAGACGCGGCAAAUCCGAUCGGGAAUACAACAUUGUUGACACUGGUGUAUUCGAUGACGACAGAUACUGGGACAUAUUCAUUGAGACUGCGAAGGAAGCUGAUGACGAGGAUGAGCUUCUCUUCCGAGUUACGGCCUACAACCGUGGGCCCGAAGCUGCGCCGCUCCACAUCGUGCCCCACGUCUUCUUCAGAAACACCUGGGCGUGGGGCCGUGAGACGCCGGACAAAAAGCCGAGCAUCGAGAAGGUCGCCCCAACAACCGCCUUGUCCAAGCAUCACAAGCUGGGUGAGAGGUACUUCCAGCUAUCACCUUCGCCAGGCUAUGGUGCAAGCGGCGAGGACGUCCAGCCCCAGCUCCUCUUCACCGACAAUGACACCAACUUCAAGAAGCUUUGGGGGACGGAGAACAAGACGGACUAUACCAAAGAUGGUAUCAAUGAGCGCAUCUGCGACGAGAAUGUGGCCGCCGUCAAUCCCAACAACGCCGGAACAAAGGCAGCUGCAUGGUUUGCCUUUGACGAGGGUGACGGAGUUCCGCCUGGCGAGUGCGCUGUCGUCCGCUUCAGGCUUUCCAAAAGAAACGAUGGCUACCUUGAUGAAGAACUCUUCGACGAUAUCGUCGAGCAGCGCAGGAUUGAAGCCGACGAAUUCUACUAUCGCAUCAAUCCCCUGCCUAUGGCUGAAGACCUUCGCAACAUUCAGCGCCAGGCUUUCUCGGGCAUGAUGUGGUGCAAGCAGUACUAUCACUUCGUCUGGGAUGAGUGGGCGAACGGUGACCCUGGAAUGCCCCCUCCCCCGGCGAGCAGGAAAGAGAUUCGCAACAAGCACUGGAAACACAUGUAUCUGGACGACAUCCUGUCGAUGCCGGAUUCGUGGGAGUAUCCCUUCUUCGCUGCUUGGGAUAGCGCUUUCCAUUGUAUUCCCUUGGCCAUGAUUGACCCGGACUUCGCGAAGAAACAGAUGGAUCUGUUCACACGCGAAUGGUACAUGCACCCGAACGGUCAGCUGCCCGCCUACGAGUGGAACUUCGGCGACGUCAACCCUCCAGUCCACGCCUGGGCUACGUUCAGAACGUUCAAGAUUGAGCGGAAGAUGUACGGGCGCGAGGAUCUUGAUUUCCUUGAGCGUGUGUUCCAGAAGCUGUUGCUCAACUUCACCUGGUGGGUGAACCGUAAAGAUCUUGAUGGCAAGAACGUUUUCGAGGGCGGUUUCCUGGGUCUGGACAACAUCGGACUCUUCAACCGUUCCGAUCCCUUGCCCACCGGCGGUGUCCUGGAGCAGGCUGACAGUACUGGAUGGAUGGCUUUCUACUGCUUGUGCAUGCUCAACAUUUCCUUGGAGCUGGCCAAGCACCGCCGCAUUUAUGAGGACAUUGCGUCGAAGUUUUUCGAGCAUUUCAUCCUCAUUAGUGAUGCCAUGCAGUACCGUUCCGGUGGCGAAGAGAAGUCGCUUUGGAACGACGAGGAUGGCUUCUACUACGAUGCCAUUUCCUGGGGUGGCCCUUGGAGCCAACAGAUGCCCGUUCGCUCGCUGGUCGGCCUGAUCCCGCUUUAUGCGACUUUGACUCUGGAGCCUGAGGUCGUCGAUAAGCUUCCGUCAUUCAAGAAGCGCCUUAACUGGUUCAUCGAUAACCGUUCCGAAAUGGCUGAUCGCAAUUUGGCUAGCAUGAGCCGCCGUGGAAAGGGUGACAGAAUCCUUCUCUCGCUGGUUAGCGAAGAUCGUUUGAGGAAGAUCUUGAAGAGGAUGCUCGACGAAGACGAGUUCCUUGCGGACCACGGCGUUCGAUCUCUGUCGAGGUACCACAAGGAUCACCCGUACCAUAUGGAUGUCAACGGACAGCGUUUCCAAGUCGCCUACGUUCCCGGCGAUUCUGAUUCCGGCUUGUUCGGCGGCAACAGCAACUGGCGCGGCCCGAUUUGGAUGGCUGUGAACUUCCUGCUCGUGGAGUCUCUCCUAAGAUUCUACAUGUUCUACGGCAACACCUUCAAGGUCGAGUGCCCGACCGGUUCUGGUGAUGAAAUGCACCUGGGUCACGUUGCCGAGGAAAUCCAGCAUAGGUUGCAACACCUUUUCGCUCGCGGAGAUGAUGGACGUCGUGCCAUCAACGCCGGAAACGAGAUGCUCGACUACGACCCCAACUGGAAGGACUACAUGUGGUUCCAUGAGUUCUUUGAUGGAGACACUGGUAGAGGUCUCGGUGCCAGCCAUCAGUGCGGCUGGACAGGUCUGAUUGCGAAGAUGAUCCACGAUACCGGAAUUCGCUGCCGUCUUCCCCAGACGCCCCGCACUCCAUCGACAGCUGCUGCUCACUACUUCGACGACGUCUUUACCAUGUACAAGGGCCGUAAGCCUAGCUUCCGCAGGUCCUCGACCAGCCGGUCCAUUGGCGGCCGCCCCGACUUGGCUGAUCUCGACGCUCCGAAGAGCCCCAAGGCGUCGAACGGCCAGGCUGUAGACGAUGAGGAGAGUGAGCGGCCAGUCAAGCCCUUCCAGAGAGUCAACUCGGUUGGUUACUUUGAUGCAGAGGCGCUCGAGAAGAAGAAGAAAAUCGAUGAGCAGGUGGCGGAAUACGUGUCUAACCAACUCUCACGGAUGAAGAGUGGCCAAUCUGCAGGAGAAGGUGUAGGUGACGAGCUUGAGGCGCAGCUUGAUGGAGCUUGA